CCGGUGCAUUUGGUAAUUACAAUGCCUUUACCAAUAUGCUUAUGGAGCUCGUAAAGGAGGAAUGAUAUGUACAAGAAAAAAGAAUUGAAUUCUCGGAAAUAACGCUUUAGACCAUUUGAAGGAACGGUUUCGGCGAAUUGAAAGGAGGCUAACAAAUGCUCCAAUGAAUGCAAACGCCAUAAUUAAAAGCAUCUCCAUUUUACUUAAUUUCAUCAUUGCUAGAAAUGACGCCAACCUUCUACAAGAGGGAGCUCCCGCAGAGGUUCUUACCAAUGUCAGGCAAAACAGCUAUAAUUGGAUUUCACUGAGGGAGAUCGCAAGACAUUUCUUAAAAAUGAUUUUGGUAGGAUCUACUCUUUAUCCACGGCGCCUCGACUUCAAGCAAUUUCUAUCACGAUCCCUGAAGGUCUUGUUCUUCCCCUUCAAGUGCUCUAAAUUUCGGCCUGCCAAGUCAACGUUCGUCCUUUUGUGCAGUUUGUUCCUCUAAAGGAAAGUGUGUGAAUUAGCAAAUAUUUUAAAUUAUUAUAGUGUGUAUUUAUUACUUACUUAAAAUUUUAUUUGUGUGAACCAAAUGUUCACGGAUCUUGAGUA